AUGGGUCAACUUGUUGAUGAUAUAGAGCGUAUAUUCCACGACCAAAACACCAGAUAUGAUGCUAACGCGCUCUACUUGUGGGCCAUCAUGCAAGACAUGCCAACGGGGCAAUUCCCGAGAAGGUUAGAAGAAGAUGGUUUUAAGAAAAAGUGGAGUGGAAAGAUGGCAAUAGAGUGCCUGGAAUGGCAAGCGUUCAGUCGACAAAUUGAGACUAGGCAUGAAUACAACAAUACGGAGAAACGAAUCGGUGCUCGUCGUCUUCCUGUUGAUGGGUUUCACGCUGAAUCACAAACUGUGUUUAAGGUAAUUAGUUAGGAUUAAGUUAAUUGUGUGGGAGUAGGGUAAUGAGUUUUUGGCGAUCGCGUGGGAUGUACUUAGGUUUUUCUCUUUGUAGGUUUAUAAUGAUUUAUUCUCCUUCUCUAGGUUGUUAUUGGCAUGGUCACAAUUACCACCUCAACCGCGGAUAGGAGGUGA